AUGGGAACAAAAUACACCUGUAAUCAGGAGCAGUAUUUAUGUCCCGACAAUAGAUUAUUUUUUGAGCAAGAGAUAAUGGUGACACCAUUUGUUGAAGGAUGGGACUUUGUGCAGACACUUGGAGAAGGAGCCUACGGAGAAGUGAAACUUGCAGUAAAUACAGAGACCCAAGAGGCAGUUGCUGUGAAGAUAAUUGACCUUAGAAAGGAAUCUUCCGUAGCAGACAAUGUUAGAAAAGAGGUUUGUGUUCAUAAAAUGCUUAAACAUGAGAAUGUGGUCAGAUUCUUUGGGACCAGGAAGGAGGAUUCACUGCAAUAUAUAUUCUUGGAGUAUGCUAGUGGAGGGGAGCUCUUUGAUAGGAUAGGUAAGGAGGAUUCUCUGCAAUAUAUAUUCUUGGAGUAUGCUAGUGGAGAGGAGCUGUUUGAUAGGAUAGGUAAGGAGGAUUCUCUGCAAUAUAUAUUCUUGGAGUAUGCUAGUGGAGGGGAGCUGUUCGAUAGGAUAGGUAAGGAGGAUUCUCUGCAAUAUUUAUUCUUGGAGUAUGCUAGUGGAGGGGAGCUGUUCGAUAGGAUAGGUAAGGAGGAUUCUCUGCAAUAUAUAUUCUUGGAGUAUGCUAGUGGAGGGGAGCUGUUCGAUAGGAUAGGUAAGGAGGAUUCUCUGCAAUAUAUAUUCUUGGAGUAUGCUAGUGGAGGGGAGCUGUUUGAUAGGAUAGGUAAGGAGGAUUCUCUGCAAUAUAUAUUUUUGGAGUAUGCUAGUGGAGGGGAGCUGUUUGAUAGAAUAGGUAAGGAGGAUUCUCUGCAAUAUAUAUUCUUGGAGUAUGCUAGUGGAGGGGAGCUGUUCGAUAGGAUAGGUAAGGAGGGUUCUCUGCAAUAUAUAUUCUUGGAGUAUGCUAGUGGAGGGGAGCUGUUUGAUAGGAUAGGUAAGGAGGAUUCUCUGCAAUAUAUAUUCUUGGAGUAUGCUAGUGGAGGGGAGCUGUUUGAUAGAAUAGGUAAGGAGGAUUCACUGCAAUAUAUAUUCUUGGAGUAUGCUAGUGGAGGGGAGCUGUUUGAUAGAAUAGGUAAGGAGGAUUCUCUGCAAUAUAUAUUCUUGGAGUAUGCUAGUGGAGGGGAGCUGUUUGAUAGGAUAGGUAAGGAGGAUUCACUGCAAUAUAUAUUCCUGGAGUAUGCUAGUGGAGGGGAGCUGUUCGAUAGGAUAGGUAAGGAGGAUUCUCUGCAAUAUAUAUUCUUGGAGUAUGCUAGUGGAGGGGAGCUGUUUGAUAGGAUAGGUAAGGAGGAUUCACUGCAAUAUAUAUUCUUGGAGUAUGCUAGUGGAGGGGAGCUGUUUGAUAGGAUAGGUAAGGAGGAUUCACUGCAAUAUAUAUUCCUGGAGUAUGCUAGUGGAGGGGAGCUGUUUGAUAGGAUAGGUAAGGAGGAUUCUCUGCAAUAUAUAUUCUUGGAGUAUGCUAGUGGAGGGGAGCUGUUUGAUAGGAUAGGUAAGGAGGAUUCUCUGCAAUAUAUAUUCUUGGAGUAUGCUAGUGGAGGGGAGCUGUUCGAUAGGAUAGGUAAGGAGGAUUCUCUGCAAUAUAUAUUCUUGGAGUAUGCUAGUGGAGGGGAGCUGUUUGAUAGGAUAGGUAAGGAGGAUUCUCUGCAAUAUAUAUUCUUGGAGUAUGCUAGUGGAGGGGAGCUGUUUGAUAGGAUAGGUAAGGAGGAUUCUCUGCAAUAUAUAUUCUUGGAGUAUGCUAGUGGAGGGGAGCUGUUCGAUAGGAUAGGUAAGGAGGAUUCUCUGCAAUAUAUAUUCUUGGAGUAUGCUAGUGGAGGGGAGCUGUUCGAUAGGAUAGGUAAGGAGGAUUCACUGCAAUAUAUAUUCUUGGAGUAUGCUAGUGGAGGGGAGCUGUUUGAUAGGAUAGGUAAGGAGGAUUCUCUGCAAUAUAUAUUCUUGGAGUAUGCUAGUGGAGGGGAGCUGUUUGAUAGGAUAGGUAAGGAGGAUUCACUGCAAUAUAUAUUCCUGGAGUAUGCUAGUGGAGGGGAGCUGUUUGAUAGGAUAGGUAAGGAGGAUUCUCUGCAAUAUAUAUUCUUGGAGUAUGCUAGUGGAGGGGAGCUGUUCGAUAGGAUAGGUAAGGAGGAUUCACUGCAAUAUAUAUUCUUGGAGUAUGCUAGUGGAGGGGAGCUGUUUGAUAGGAUAGGUAAGGAGGAUUCUCUGCAAUAUAUAUUCUUGGAGUAUGCUAGUGGAGGGGAGCUGUUUGAUAGGAUAGGUAAGGAGGAUUCUCUGCAAUAUAUAUUCUUGGAGUAUGCUAGUGGAGGGGAGCUGUUUGAUAGGAUAGGUAAGGAGGAUUCACUGCAAUAUAUAUUCCUGGAGUAUGCUAGUGGAGGGGAGCUGUUUGAUAGGAUAGGUAAGGAGGAUUCUCUGCAAUAUAUAUUCUUGGAGUAUGCUAGUGGAGGGGAGCUGUUUGAUAGGAUAGGUAAGGAGGAUUCACUGCAAUAUAUAUUCUUGGAGUAUGCUAGUGGAGGGGAGCUGUCUGAUAGGAUAGGUAAGGAGGAUUCUCUGCAAUAUAUAUUCUUGGAGUAUGCUAGUGGAGGGGAGCUGUUUGAUAGUGGAGGGGAGCUGUUUGAUAGGAUAGGUAAGGAGGAUUCUCUGCAAUAUAUAUUCUUGGAGUAUGCUAGUGGAGGGGAGCUGUUCGAUAGGAUAGGUAAGGAGGAUUCACUGCAAUAUAUAUUCUUGGAGUAUGCUAGUGGAGGGGAGCUGUUUGAUAGGAUAGGUAAGGAGGAUUCUCUGCAAUAUAUAUUCUUGGAGUAUGCUAGUGGAGGGGAGCUGUUUGAUAGGAUAGGUAAGGAGGAUUCACUGCAAUAUAUAUUCCUGGAGUAUGCUAGUGGAGGGGAGCUGUUCGAUAGGAUAGGUAAGGAGGAUUCUCUGCAAUAUAUAUUCUUGGAGUAUGCUAGUGGAGGGGAGCUGUUUGAUAGGAUAGGUAAGGAGGAUUCUCUGCAAUAUAUAUUCUUGGAGUAUGCUAGUGGAGAGGAGCUGUUUGAUAGGAUAGGUAAGGAGGAUUCACUGCAAUAUAUAUUCUUGGAGUAUGCUAGUGGAGGGGAGCUGUUUGAUAGGAUAGGUAAGGAGGAUUCUCUGCAAUAUAUAUUCUUGGAGUAUGCUAGUGGAGGGGAGCUGUUUGAUAGGAUAGGUAAAGAGGAUUCUCUGCAAUAUAUAUUCUUGGAGUAUGCUAGUGGAGGGGAGCUGUUUGAUAGGAUAGGUAAGGAGGAUUCUCUGCAAUAUAUAUUCUUGGAGUAUGCUAGUGGAGGGGAGCUGUUUGAUAGGAUAGGUAAGGAGGAUUCUCUGCAAUAUAUAUUCUUGGAGUAUGCUAGUGGAGGGGAGCUGUUUGAUAGGAUAGGUAAGGAGGAUUCUCUGCAAUAUAUAUUCUUGGAGUAUGCUAGUGGAGGGGAGCUGUUUGAUAGGAUAGGUAAGGAGGAUUCUCUGCAAUAUAUAUUCUUGGAGUAUGCUAGUGGAGGGGAGCUGUUUGAUAGGAUAGGUAAGGAGGAUUCUCUGCAAUAUAUAUUCUUGGAGUAUGCUAGUGGAGGGGAGCUGUUUGAUAGGAUAGGUAAGGAGGAUUCUCUGCAAUAUAUAUUUUUGGAAUAUGCUAGUGGAGGGGAGCUGUUUGAUAGAAUAGGUAAGGAGGAUUCUCUGCAAUAUAUAUUUUUGGAGUAUGCUAGUGGAGGGGAGCUGUUUGAUAGAAUAGGUAAGGAGGAUUCUCUGCAAUAUAUAUUCUUGGAGUAUGCUAGUGGAGGGGAGCUGUUCGAUAGGAUAGGUAAGGAGGAUUCUCUGCAAUAUAUAUUCUUGGAGUAUGCUAGUGGAGGGGAGCUGUUUGAUAGGAUAGGUAAGGAGGAUUCUCUGCAAUAUAUAUUCUUGGAGUAUGCUAGUGGAGGGGAGCUGUUUGAUAGGAUAGGUAAGGAGGAUUCUCUGCAAUAUAUAUUCUUGGAGUAUGCUAGUGGAGGGGAGCUGUUUGAUAGGAUAGGUAAGGAGGAUUCUCUGCAAUAUAUAUUUUUGGAGUAUGCUAGUGGAUGGGAGCUGUUUGAUAGGAUAGGUAAGGAGGAUUCUCUGCAAUAUAUAUUCUUGGAGUAUGCUAGUGGAGGGGAGCUGUUGGAUAGGAUAGAGCCUGAUGUUGGAACGUCCCAGCCUGAGGCCCAGAGGUUCUUCAAGCAGCUCAUUACUGGAGUGGAAUAUCUUCACAAACUUGGCGUCACUCAUCGGGAUUUGAAACCAGAGAAUUUACUUCUUGAUGAUGCAGAUAACAUGAAAAUCACAGACUUUGGAUUAGCAACAAUAUUCCGCCACAAUGGCAGAGAACGUAAAAUGGAGCGGUGUUGUGGAACGGUGCCUUACGUUGCCCCAGAGGUGUUAAAGAAAGUGCCAUAUUAUGCUGAACCUGCUGACAUCUGGAGUACUGGUAUCAUCCUUGUAGCUCUCCUGGCAGGAGAGUUGCCAUGGGAUGAGCCAACAUUUAGCUGUGCUGAAUACAGUCAUUGGAAAGAAUGUCAAAUACAACUAACGCCAUGGAACAAAAUAGACAACUUAGCAUUGUCUCUUUUACGCAAGAUCCUAGUAGAAAACCCAAGUAAGCGUGCAACCCUCAGUCAGAUUACGAAGCACCAGUGGUUCCGCAAAGAUUUCACUAAGUCAAAAGGUUUAAGCCGAUAUCCUUCCAGUUCCCCAAGUGCAUCUCCAGCUGGAACUGCUCCAUUUAAAAGAAUCUGCUCAGGAAUAGACAUGUCUCCGCCCGUCUCUCACAGUAAUGAGCGUCAGAUCUCAAGUUCCCAGCCACAAGUGUCACAUCUCCAUGACGACAAUAGCAACUCAGGAGUGAAUGGAUUGUUGGAGUCUGUGAGUUUCUCUCAACCAGCACGUCCUGAUAACAUGAUCCUUGGCAGCCAAUUCCAGAAUACUCAAGGUUCUUCACAGACACCAAUGCAACGACUUGUGCGUCGCAUGACUCGAUUCUUUGUGAAGACUUCUGCUCAAGCGACAAUGAAAGAACUAAAAAAUGUAUUUGAGAAGCUCAAAUAUACUUGCAAUGUGAACUCUCCGGGACAGUUGACUGUUCGGACUUUAGAUCGCAGGAAAACACAGCUCGUGUUCAAGGCCUGCUUGUUAGAGAUGCAGGAGAGCAUAUUAGUAGAUUUUAGACUGUCAAGGGGGGAUGGCCUAGAGUUCAAGCGAAGAUUUGUCCAAAUCAAGAAAAAUUUGGAAUCAAUAGUCUCAAAUAAAACUGUUUCUGCAUUUCCAAUGACUUGCUCACAGAUCUCAUGA